GCUGAUGAUGUCGUGGGGGCACGACGAGUACCUCUACCGCGUCCUCGUGCACAACCGCGCUCGGCUGCCGCGCCGCGCACUCUAUAUGAUCAGGUACCACUCGUUCUACCCGUGGCACGCGGGCGGAGACUACCAGCACCUCAUCAGUGAGGAGGAUGACCACAUUCUGCAGGCCGUGCGCCUAUUCAAGUUAGUCAUCUCACCUCGGAUUCUCCUCUCGCUACACUACUGACUCCGGCUUAGUGUAUAUUGAUAACUACACUAAGAGUCUUCCUUAGUUAACAAUCUCUUAUUCUGA